AUGGAAGAUAACUUUGAAAAACUGGUCGAUGCUCUAUCCAUAAGUCCUUUUUCAGUUGAUGUUCUUGUAAAACUUACAAAUUUGAUUGAACAACAAACUCAUCAAUCUGACUCAUCGUUUGAAACUCAAGCAUUGCUCAUUCUUGAGCAUUGGGCAUGGCAUCGACUUAGCUAUGAUUCUCAUAAAUGGAUAAAUCAAUCGAAAUAUCGAAGUUUAUUUCAUGCGCUGGCGUUAUUCAAUAGGAAUUUAAUUCUGAAUAAUGACAAUAUUGAAACGGAAACAAAAGCGUUACUUCUUAUGCCUGAUACAGCAAAUCAAAUCAAUUGGAUAUUCAAAGAAAUCAAUCAUAUUGUAGAUGAUAAUGAUCCAUUUAUUGUUUUAGUUAGUUUAUGGUUGGAUAAUUUAGCAUUUUUCAUUUGUGAAAAUCCUCAAUUUGAUACACUACUUAUGAUGUGCCAUACGAAUCAAUAUAUCGGCCGUCAAUAUGUUAUAACAGAUCAAUUCAAAUUUUAUUUAACACAACUUGAACAAGCCAAUGUGUCCCAAGUCAUAUUCACGAAGAAACAAUUAUUCUACAUAAAAACAUGUUCAUUUCUACUAGGCUCAUAUUUAGUAGCGAAACCACAAAAUUAUAUUUUCACUGCUGAAGAAAUAUUGAAUCAUAUCAGUGAUCAGUAUUUGAAUAUAAUUAAUAUUCACAGUCAUACGAUGGCAUCUUGGAGUAAAGAACUAAUGAUUUGUAUUACUUACCUGACCAAUUUGGUUUGUAUAUGUUGCUGGUGGAGUGAAGAAACAUCAAUGCCAAUCAAAACACUCUUCUCCACCGAACAAAUAUCGAAUGAUCUUAUACAAGGACUUAUUCGAAUAGUUUGUUAUGAACCAUUUCACGAAGAAAUUCAAAACGAACAACUGCACGAUGAAUUAAGUUUAAUUGAGCCUAUUCUUAAGCUUUUCUUAGUAAUUUUACAAACCCAAAAUACAAGUUAUUAUUUUCGUUCAAAUAUAUUCUUACCAGAGAUACUAUUAACUUUGGCUGAAAGUUCAUCACAUGAAAAGCACUCCUUAUGCGCAUACGCUAUUCUAGGAGAAAUUCUAACCGAUGAAAAAUUAAAAGAUUUAAAGUUUGCCGAUAGUAUGUAUGCUUUCUUUUUGAAUUUACUUGAAAAAGGAUGGCAUCAUCCAUUGAAAAGAUUUAAACGAAUGCCAGUUAUCUACUUAUUACGGGGUAUUUCAUCUCUAUCAAAAUGUGAUGCUAUUCAACAAAGUGUUGCUAAUAGACACAGCAUAUCACUUUUUAUUGAAAUGACAGAUGAAUAUCCAAUUGCCUACGAUAUUAUAUGGGCAUUUUCAUUUAAUAAAGAUAUUCAACAACAACUUCGUUCUAAUGCACCCUUCAUGUCUAAACUAGCUCAACUAUCUCGACAACCAGAGAAUGAACAAAUGCGUAAAACAAUCGAUGGAAUUCUAUGGAAUCUUGAUAUCAAUCACGAAAAUCGUUCAAUGGCAGAUAAGCACAAUACGAAAGAAUUCGAUAUAAUGAUUAGUUACUCGCAUAAAGAAAAAGUUCUGUGUAAACAAAUCUAUGAGGAAUUGAUUAAAGCUGGUUAUCGAGUUUGGAUUGAUUUCGAUCAAAUGCAUGGAAAUGUGAUGGAUGCGAUGGCACAAGCCAUUGAACAGUCGAAUACAGUUAUUAUGUGUAUGAGUGAACAGUAUCGAAAAAGUAAUUAUUGUCGAGCGGAAGCACAAUAUGCAUUUCAACGCGAACGGAAAAUAGUUCCGAUUCUUCUACAGAAACAAUAUAAACCUGAUGGAUGGCUCUUGUUUAUUAUUGGUCAAUUACUCUAUGUUGAUUUUAACAAGCAUGAAUUUCCACGAGCCAUGCAAAUGUUACAUAAUGAAUUGAAAGUUGAAUUGAUGGUGGAGACUCAUACCGCACCGGUUCGACCAAACGAAGAUAGCGUCGUAGCUCAUUCCACUACAUAUAUAUCUCCACCCGAAAUAUUGAGAUCAUCAAUCGUCUCUGAGAAGAUUCUUGAAUGGACACAAUCGCAAGUACAAAAUUGGUUAUUAGAACAUAAUCUUCGUCAGUUGUCUCGUCUUUUCACUGGCUGUGAUGGUCGUAGUUUACUGCAUUUAAGCAAAUACAUGAAAUAUUGUGAACCCCAACAGAUUUUGAAUUUACUUGAAGCCGAUGCAGUUCGUCGAAUAAAUGAAAGUAUAUCAGUAAUUGAAUUAUCCUGUUUUCAUUCUUUAAUGCACGAACAUAAGAAACGUCUUGAAUUAGCGCAUGGUUCUCAUAGAUGA